AUGCUAUACCUUCUGAAGGUGCUCAAAAUCUGGCAUAGCGCUGGUGCUGUAUGCUUUGAUGUGGACAGCACUGUUUGCUUGGAUGAGGGUAUUAAUGAACUUGCUGACUUCUGUGGUGCUGGCAAAGCUGUUGCAGAGUGGACUACACGGGCUAUGAAUGGCUCAGUACCAUUUGAGGAAGCUCUUGCUGCUAGACUUUCUUUAUUCGACCCUUCAUUGAAGCAAGUCCAAGAUUUCCUGGAGAAGAGACCUCCAAGAAUUUCACCUGGCAUUGCUGAAUUGAUCAAGAAGCUGAUGGGCAAAGGCAUUGAUGUGUAUCUUAUAUCAGGAGGAUUCCGUCAAAUGAUCAAUCCUGUAGCAUUGCAGCUUGGAAUACCUCUUGAGAACGUCUUUGCAAAUCAGUUACUCUUUGGAAAUUCUGGUGAGUUUGCUGGAUUUGAUGUUGGAGAGCCUACUUCGAGAAGUGGCGGAAAAGCAACAGCUGUACAACAGAUACGAAAGGUGCAAGAUUACAGAUCAUUGGUUAUGAUUGGAGAUGGUGCCACUGAUCUUGAGGCACGGGGGCCUGGUGGCGCCGACUUAUUCAUAUGCUAUGCCGGUGUUCAGUUGCGAGAAACAGUUGCAGCAAAAUCUAACUGGCUCGUCUUCGACUUUGAAGAACUACUAUCCUAUCUCACAGUAUAAUCUUGUUGUGCCACUGUUUUUUCUUCUUCUUUCACAUUCUUGUUUGGGAGAUGUUUCAUUUCAUUCGAGUUUUGUUUCU